CAGAUAUUUCUAGCCAUUCACAAGAUCGUUACCAUUCUUCUUACUACACCGGUGGGAAGUAUUAUUUGUGAACGCUCUUUCUCUGCUCUGAGGCGUCUCAAAUAGCCCACGUUCAGUAUAUUAAAAUUCUAACAUGACUCCAAGGCUUUAGGGUCAAAAUUGCAAAUUUUUCACGACUCCAUUGUCUCGCAAUUCCCAGAAGAGACUUGAGCACAAAGAAAACAAAACCAAAUAUAGAAAAAUGACCAGAAAGCGUCGGAGUCGUGUUAGAAUUUAAUAUAUCGAACAGUGGGCUAUUGUGGAACCGUUCUACAACGAAUGAGGGUCGUUUGAGUGCACGUGGCCUAGGGAUGCUCCUCGUUUCCUCAUUCAACGUGGGACGGAAUACAUACCGG